GGGCUCGCGGGCCGGGAGCAGAGCCUCGCGGGCUGACCCUUGGCCCCUGCCUGGCCCUGCUGGCUGGCGCCCACCCAUACUGCUUCAUGGCGGCCGAGGAGAUGCACUGGCCUGUCCCGAUGAAGGCCAUUGGUGCCCAGAACUUGCUAACCAUGCCCGGGGGCGUGGCCAAGGCUGGCUACCUGCACAAGAAGGGCGGCACCCAGCUGCAAUUGCUCAGAUGGCCCCUGCGCUUCGUCAUCGUCCACAAGCGCUGCGUCUACUACUUCAAGAGCAGCACCUCGGCCUGCCCGCAGGGCGCCUUCUCGCUGAGCGGCUACAACCGGGUGAUGCGGGCAGCUGAAGAGACAACGUCCAACAAUGUCUUCCCCUUCAAGAUCGUCCAUAUCAGCAAAAAGCACCGCACGUGGUUCUUCUCGGCCUCCUCUGAGGACGAGCGCAAGAGCUGGAUGGCUUUGCUGCGCAAGGAGAUUGGCCACUUCCACGAGAAGAAGGAGUUGCCCCUGGACACCAGUGACUCCAGCUCAGACACAGACAGCUUCUAUGGUGCAGUCGAGCGGCCUGUGGACAUCAGCCUCCCCCCGUACCCCACGGACAAUGAGGACUAUGAGCAUGAGGACGAAGACGACUCGUACAUGGAGCCUGACUCCCCUGAGCCCGUGGAGCUGGAGGACACCCUGACCCACCCGCCGGCCUACCCCCCGCCUCCUGUGCCCAUACCCAGGAAGCCAGCCUUCUCUGACAUGCCUCGUGCUCACUCGUUUGCCUCCAAGGGCCCGAGCCCUCUGCUGCCACCCCCGCCCCCUAAGCGUGGCCUCCUUGAUGCUAGCCCGGCUCCCGAGGACUCCAAGAGGGACCUGCUGGGCCUGAGGCGGCCUGAGCCUGGCCCCAGGGUGCCCGUGGCCUCCCGGAGAAUGAGUGACCCCCCGCUGGGCCACCUGCCAACCACGCCCAGCCUCCGGAAACCCCCUUGCUUCCGUGAGAGCGCCAGCCCCAGCCCAGAGCCCCGGGUCCCCAGCCAUGGGACUGGCUCUGCCUCCAGCCCUGCCGCCGUGGCCACUGCCUCCUCUAGGAACUGUGACAAGCUCAAGUCCUUCCAUCUGUCCCCCCGGGGGCCACCCACGCCCGAGCCUCCACCCGUGCCAGCCAACAAGCCCAAGUUCUUAAAGAUGGCUGAAGAGGCCCCCGCAGGGGAGGCAGCCAGGCCCAGACUCUUUGUGCCCCCGGUGGCCCCCAGGCCUCCCGUGCUGAAGCUGCCCAUGCCUGAGGCCGCAGCCAGGCCAGCGGUCCUGCCGAGGACAGAGAAGCCACCCCUCCCCCACCUGCAGAGGUCACCCCCUGAUGGGCAGAGUUUCAGGAGUUUCUCCUUUGAAAAGCCCCGACGGCCCUCGAAGGCCGACAGUGCUGGUGGGGAGGACUCUGACGAGGACUAUGAGAAGGUGCCGCUGCCCAGCUCUGUGUUUAUCAAUACCACGGAAUCCUGUGAAGUGGAAAGGCUGUUCAAAGCCACAAGCCCCCAGGGAGAGCCCCAGGAUGGACUCUACUGCAUCCGGAACUCCUCCACCAAGUCGGGGAAGGUAGGCGCCCCGACAGUCACCCUGCUGAGCGAGGGCCCCUGGGGACUGCUGUGUUGUGGUGGGCUCCUGGCGCUGCACACACCCGGGCUGACAGCCAGCACAGUGCUUUACAGUAUGCACGUCACUUCCCGUGCAGCCUCUGAUUCGGCAUCGACCAGUUACGUCCUUGGGGUCCCUCCCUGGCAGCUCCUGCCCCAUCUAUUGUCAGGAACUGAACACCAUCUGCAAACUGGGGGCGAUACUGGCAAGUCCCCCAGCACAGGCAGGAGAUGGGAGGGAAGUGCUGGGGGUCCCAGAACCCUGAUGGGGCUGCGGGUUUUCAUGCACUUUGCAGGGGAGGCUGCCUGGGGCCGUGGGAAUAGCGAGGGUCAGCUGGUAGUGCCUCUGCUCCUCCGAGGGUGGGUUGAUGACCUCGCUGAGCCUCACUCUCCUCUCCUCUUCCCUCCCCUCCCCUCCCCU